GAUCUUUCCCCUGGUUUACCUAAUUCAACCUUUCUUGGAGUCUAAUGGAGAUGAUAAUUUGUUAUUUAGCUCUUCAGAAUGUUUUACUGUCGAUGAGACUAAGGAGGUGCAUUGUGAUGCUUCGGUUUCAUGCUGUCAUUAUCUCAGAAAUCACAGGCCAUUAUUCGUGAGCAGGAUGUCUCAAGGCACAGACUCUUCGGUCAGUGAUCCUGCCAGUCUCAGCAGUGCUGAGACACCAGCAGUCAGUGUCCUAGAGCCCCCUGAUAAUGGAUCUAUGGGACGAGGUAGAGAGCACAGGAAAAUGGACUGUAUCAUCUGCUAUUCCAACUACAACCUUUCAAACAGGCUCCCUCGUAGACUGUACUGUGGGCACACUUUUUGCCAAGCCUGUAUCCGGAGACUGGACGUCAUUGUCAAUGAGCAGCACUGGAUUCCAUGCCCGCAAUGCCGUCAGAAUACACCUUCACCCCGAGGUGGGGUUACCAUGCUUGACUUAGAUCUGACUGCUUUUUUAGCCAUAAAAGCUGAAAAGGAAAAUCCACGGCUUUCCAGUGAUUCCACUGGAGAUCCACAGUCUAAGCUUCUCUCCAAAGACCAGGCAGUCACACAGCAGCCAACAGAACGAUGCCAGAUAAGCCCACGUGAGCAAAUGUUUCCCAGCCGUCAUUGUUGCAAAAACUGCUUUGCCUGUUGCUGUGUGUAGAUAUGCAUGAAUGGCACCACCAGACAUGAAAAAUGGACAGAAGUACUACUAAACUGAAUUCUCAAUAUUCCUGAUUACAUCUGCUCUAGAAGAAAGCAUUUGAACAUCUAACUUUACCAGAAGAUUUCACACAACACCUUAAUAUGUGACUAUUCCAUCUUGUAAGGGCUUGUACACAGUAAUCCAAAAUAUGGUCCUGUAUUAUUUAACUAUUUAUAAUUCAGCUAAAUAUCUUUCUGAAAACAGUUGUACAGAUCUGAUCCAUUGUGACCCCCCCCCAAAUCACAGUAGUAUACAUUUCUCCUGUAAGCCAUGAGAAACACCAACAGCCGCACUAACUAUAUUGUCCAAGAGACAGAUGGUAGACACAGUACUACAGAUGGACUCAGGGUUAUUGCAAUAUGACCUAUUGCAAUCUGACCUUGCACUGUCUGCAGCUAACCAGACAGGAUCAGUGCUGUCUGACAUCUAUUGAAGAAUGGAACCCAGAUAAGGGCCAUUGUGUAUUUCCAGAAAGAAUGCCAUAACUGUAGAUGUCUGUAGGUCCCUAAACAAUGCCCAUGGUUUGUCCUUUCUGGAGUAAGAAACAACACAGACAAAAUUUGUGUAAUCUGCUACUGUGCAGUUAGGGAAGACCUAUCAAAUUCUUACCAUAUCUCACACACUAGUCUGUAAGUCACUGAUCCAGAGUGGACUAAACUAAUAUUAUCAAUGAUUUCCUGCAUGUAGGAAGGGACAAUCUGUACCCUAUAAGCCAGUGUGUACUAAAAGGUGUCAACAUAUUGCUCCUGUCCUGCCAUGGGUAAAGCGGGCACAUUCUUAAGGUAAAUUGUUAAGGCAGUCACAUACAAACUGAAACAAAAUUUAGUAUGUUUGCAGUAACAUGAGUAAGAGCAUCAUAAAAAAGACACAAGCUUGAUGAGAAGAAUAAUUACAUGUAUUUUUAUAGCAUGCCCACUUCUUAUAGAAUCCUUUGUAUUUAUACACUAAGCUACUUUGCUAAGAGCUUAACAACAGAUGUUUUCUCAUGUUUAAGCCGUUACACUGACAUUUUUUUCUUUUGUGUAAAACAUAUAUUUUGGUUUAACUUUCUUUUUCAAAAGUAUGUUGAUUUAUUUUAUUACAGUAUUUUAAGAAACCCAGAAUUAUAGGAUUAGAGGAUUAAGCACUGUUGAAAGGAAACACAUGAAGACAUCCUGAAUAGCAAGCAAUAUUCUUUUGACACACAGUCUUUAUGAAGCCAUAUACAAUACGUGCUAAACACAAACACAGCAUUAAAACAUGUCAUCUGAAAAAUGUUUGCACAUUAAAAUUCACAAGCCUACCUUUCUCAAGGCAUCAUGGGACAUAUAAAUUAUUCCUGAAUAAUACAAAUGUUUCAAUGCAUUGGCUGAAAAAUGCAUAAUAAACAGGUUUUUAAUGAUUUAUUGUGAUCCAAAACCAAAUAGACUGUAAUUACUAGCUUGGGAAUUAUGCACAGUUGCAUUUUUGUACAUUUUUAAGUUUUUACUGGACUAUCAAGAGAUGUAUUUUCAGUGACCAGCAUUUACCCAAUGGUGUAAGGUGAAGCUUACAACCUGAACUCUGAAUAUGCUUUCAGCAUUAGGAUGAAAUGAAGCUUUCACUGUCAUUACCGGACCACGGUUUUAAAAGUAAGAAACUAUAUACUCUCAAAGACUCACAUGGAAAAGAAAUAUUCAUUAAAGUUGUGCAUAUUUACAUUGAUGCAGGAUCUUUGAGUACAGCCAUGUCUCUCAUCUGUACCUCUUUACAAUGAAUAUCCCUUCUCCAAAGCCUUAAAAUUUCCAUCUUCUACAAUGUUCCACACAAAAAGUAUGUGUCACAUAUUCAUUAAGUUUUUUUU